GCAACGGCAAAGGCACUCGCGUCACAGGCAAGGGCAAGGACGCAGCGGCCACUCAGGCCACAGAGGGUGCCGACUCAGACGGCAAGAGGAUUGUUCAACCCGAGGUGCUCGUCAAUACCUACCAGCAGAUGGACCCGACUGUCAUGCCAGACGUGGCCACCAAGCUGCAGCAGGCAAGGGCCGACUUGGUGGCGGCUCGAGCCACGCAAGCGGCCAACCUGCCGCCAGCGCAGCGCAUGGCGCGGUGCCACACGCGGGUGCAGCGGGCGGCCGAGAAGGUCGACAAGAUCAAGAUGCAUAUUGCAGAAUUGUACAAGGUCAAGGAGGAGCUGCACGCGCAGCUCGAAGCCAACGACAAGGCCAUGCAAGAGCAGCAGCAGAGGCUCGAGCAGGCCCAGGAGGAUCAGCAGCGCGAAGAGCAGGAUGCCAAGACGGUCUGGGUGGACACGGCGCCAGAUGAAGGUCCAGGCUCCCUCGCGGAGUUCCCCGAGGCAUCCAAGGCCAAGAUCGCCGAGGCCGCGACGAAGUUCGCUGGCAACGCCGAGUUCCAGACGUUCAUUGAGGAGAUGUCCAACAUGGUGGGAGCGCUGCCGGAGAAA